GCUCCUUGUCACCAGUGCCGGGUCACUAAUCUUGCAUCCCUGACUCUGCCCUGGAGCUGGCGGCCUCUUGAACUUUGGAUCUCAGAAGUAUCGAGUGAAACUGUCGCUCCACGAGAAAGUAUAAUCAUCCCCAGCGCAUUCUGACACGCAACACUCGAAGCACGGUUCUUACCACCUCGCCAUCAACCGCCACAUAUAUACACAGCACCCCGUUCGACAAUAAGCAGGCUGCAGCCCAAUAGUUCUGCCCGUCAUUGGGGGCGCGAUCUAGACCAACCCGUAGCCCCUUUCUAUCGACACCCUAGAUACUCCCGCUUAAGAGCCGUCACCGAUCUGAGUCCCGCCGCCUCCGGAUUGGCGCCGCUCUAUACUGUGUAUCUCUCUCCUCCAUCUUCUCUAGCUACCACUAUCGCUUAAGUCGCCAUACCGCAUACGCCAUGGGUCAGAGUGUGUCGUGGCUGUCAGGCCUGAUUUGGACCAAGAAGGAGAUCAGAAUUCUGAUUCUGGGUCUGGACAACGCCGGAAAGACAACAUUACUCUACAGGCUCAAGAUCGGUGAGGUUGUCACAACCAUCCCCACGAUAGGCUUCAACGUCGAGUCGGUAUCCUACAAGAACCUCAACUUUGAUGUAUGGGACUUGGGCGGGCAGACAUCCAUCCGGCCUUACUGGCGGUGCUACUACGCCAAUACCGCUGCCGUAAUCUUCGUCGUCGACAGUACCGAUAUCGAGCGUCUACAAACGGCGGCGGAUGAGUUGGCCGCUAUGCUCAACGAGGAGGAGCUGAAGGAUGCCGCUCUGCUUGUCUUUGCCAACAAGCAAGAUCAACCCGGCGCUAAGGGCGCCGGUGAAAUAUCUGAGGCUCUGAGACUGGGCGAGCUACGGGAUCGGAACUGGAGUAUUGUAGCCUGUUCUGCUGUUGACGGCAGUGGUGUUAAUGAGGGAAUGGAUUGGCUAGUACAAACGGUCAACCAGGAGUAAGGGACAAACACGUCUACCCAUUCUUUCGAAACACCUAGUCUCAUUCUUGUACAACAUUGACGGCAUCCCGUAUGCUUUGGGUAGACCUUGGCCUCUUAUACAUCAUCUAGGGGUCACCUGGGGACGGCAUGGGGAGGAGUAAGGCGCACGCUAUCAUCACCAGAUGUAGAGGGCACGGUCGUUUUUUUUCAAGAGACAAAAUAUUUCUUUAGAAUUACUGAAUCGGCGUGAAGGGACGUUUGUCGCAUUGGGUGAAAAUGAAGGGUGGUAUUUUUGAUGUUCAUGAACGAAACAACCACGGAUGCCCACUUACUGCUACACUACUGCAUUUUCGAUGAUGAGAUAUGGUACAAGACCUGCGAUUCUUCACGCACACCCACACCCACACUCACAUAUAUAAACAUCAGGCUACGAAGCCAUUAAUAGUGUGCC